ACCGAGACUGCGACAAGAGACACCUAGGAGUGAUGGUGUACGUUCAUACGCUUUUCAACUUACUGGUUGUUUUCUGCGGAUUUCACCAAGCACAAGGUUGCUCGCUUGUGUGCUUGAACGAAGGCUCGAUUGUGCAACCAUGUAGUUGCAAAUGUGCUCCACAAUGGACAGGAUACGAUUGCUCAGAACCAUGUGGCGGUAACAUUUCUUCGGUCACUGGUCAUAUAACGUCACCAGGAUUUCCAAAGAAUUACAAAAAUUAUGAAAACUGUAGUUGGAUUGUCGAAGUGCCUCCAGAAUCUACCGUCGUUUUGUCGUUUAAAUCAUUUGAUCUAGAAAGAUUUUUCGAUUAUGUCGAGGUUUACAAGGGAGAAACAACAGAAUCUGAACCGGUCGGCAACUAUACCUCAAACGAAAUUCCGUUCGAAACAAUUAUGGAAAAGUCGUUUCUAAUAGUAUUUACAACCGACUCCUCAGUCACUCGUCAAGGAUUUUCUCUAUAUUGGAAUACAUAUAAAGGCUACAUUCCCAGAUUCUUAAAUGCAACCGAUGGAAACCAUGUCCACGUCACAGCAAUUAAAGGAAACAAAGUUAGCUUUCUCUGCGAUGCUAUCGGAAUUCCCAAACCUCAAAUUGUCUGGAAAAAGGACGGUCUUACGAUUGCUAAAAAUAGAAAGCUGUUUGUCACACAAAGUGGCAGUGAGCUUAUCUUUUCUCGUGUCAACGAAACGGAUACAGGUUGGUACACGUGCGAGGCAGGAAACUACUUGGGAAAGACACAGAAGAGUUAUCAACUAACAGUUCACGUUUUCCCGGUUAUUAUUCAAAUGCCGGUCAGUAUUCACCUUGAUCAAUUCUUUCCAAACGUUCAGCAAGCAGCAUUUUGCUGCAAAGUGUAUGGCAUUCCUGAGCCUGAAGUCAACUGGAAAAAGGAUGGGAUAUCAAUAGAUACUUCAAGCUUUCACUAUACAAAAGGAAGACAAUGGUUGAUAAUUAGAAAUGUUGAUUACCGUCAUCUUGGAAACUACUUCUGUUAUGCUAACAACUCAUUGGGUCAAGUAGAGUCAAAUGCAGCUACGUUACAUGCGUCAAAUGCCAACAGUACAGAUUUAUUCUCGGAUGUCUGGUUUUCUUACAACUCUCAGCCUGUUCCUAUGUACCAAAGUGCUUACAUUAAACUAUUUUGCCAUUUUAUUUGGUUCUCAUGCGAUCUCGAGCUAGGAAAGGCCAGAAUUUACAAAAACGGAAUUUAUGUGAAUACUUCAACUGAAGACCGAUUUGUUCUCGAUGAAUAUAUACACGAUAUCAGAUUUACUAUUUCAAACGGAACUGAAGCCGAUGUCGGAAUAUAUGAAAUACGGUUGGUCGACCACGACAUUUCUUGGUUUACUGUCAUCGAGUUCCAAGGUUUCCCCGUCACACUUAUAACGACUACAAACGACGGCUUGAAAAGUUUUUACGACGAAGGGACUAUUACAUGUCAAUCUAGAAUCGACAAUCUACAACCCAUUUUUGUCUGGUACAAAAAUGGUGUGGCUAUAAAUACCGCGGGCAAUGGAUACAAAAUCUCUGCUGACUAUUUCAAGAGUUAUCUGACUAUACAAUACUAUUCAACUAAACAAAGAGAUGACGUUUACAACUGCACAGCAAUUAAUCCUGCGGGAAGCAGUACAGCAAGUACUAGAGUGACCGUUCAAGAGAUCGACGGAUGGGUAGAGUCAAAUAGAGGUUCUCAGUGCAGUUUAUCGUGUGGAUCGGGUUAUGGCAUCACACUUGUACGAAGACAAUGCAGCAUCAGUAGAGUCCGGUGUUUAGGACCAGCUGUAUACGCAGAUGCAUGUCGACCGCAAACUACGUGUCCAACUUAUGCAUCAACGGAAGCUUCACUGACAUCUUUGAUCUCAACUGGGAAUGUAAACACAUCACAUGUAGCUGGCAAAGAGUUGUCUCAAAGAGCUGUAGCUGGUAUAUCCGUGACUGUGACGGCCAUCACAACAGUUCUUAUUUGCAUGAUUAUUUUCUAUUUCGUUGUGCAUCGUCGUAGACAACUUCUUGCAAGCAAUGUCACUACCUCACCGGACACGCAGACGGAAUUUCCCUCUCGUAAAUCACUACACGAUGACUCCAGAGCCGAACAAAACACAGCAAUUGGGAUGCUGUCGUUUGCUAAUGCUGCAGUCAUUGAAAGUGAAAGCUCGGAUUUGAAACCAGUAGAAACGUAUGAAGUGGUAGAAAACGUACAAGACAUGAAGAGUAACCCUGCAUAUGGUGAUGUAAGGUCCGAAGGCGGUGAUGAAGCAAACAUAUAUGAAACACCAAGUGCAAUGUACGUGCCAAUGCAGGCAUCUGCAAGAGAUACAAAUGAAUAAUUCUGAUGCAUCGCUAUCUUGGUACAAACUUUGUUGGAGUCAACCACUGUUGUCGUAUUAGCGCUGAUAGCUUUAGACAUCGCUGCAGUUAUUGUGUUGUAAUUUCUUUCAUCUAACGUAUAAUUGUAUACGGCAGAUGAAACAGUAAUGUUGACAAAUGUACAUUUUGAUUGAUAGGAAAUGUUUGCUUAACGUUUGUGAGCGUUUUUUCAAACAUGGAUUAGCAAGAAAAUUAGAACCAACAGUUUAGCGGUGCAUUUGU